UAGGAAGUCAAAAGAGAUUUCGCACACUUUAAAAAAGCGUUCAGCUAAUCUCAACCAUUUGUUUUUAUUCUCAAAGCGUAAGUGCUCGAAAGUAAUCAUAUUCAUUAGCUGGAUGCCUGGCAAGCAAGACACAUUUAAAUAAUGAACAAGUGAGUGAGCAAGCUCUCUUCAGAUCAAUAUAGUCCUUCAUUUGAGCUGAUUCCCCUUAACUUAUUCACAGAACUUUAGACUCAUUUUACAUGUCUGCUCACACAAUUAGUUACCAUGAUUGAGUUCUCCAACACUGUAAAACUAGACCAGGAGAUGCCCAUUUACAGCAUGUGUCAGGUGGGGGAGCGUAUUUAUUACUCUGCCUUUAGCUGAAUAAGAGGCAUGGAGUCAUUUUAUGAAUAUUUAAGGGAAAACAGUCUCCUCUCGCCUCACAGAAUAUAACUGUUUUUUAAUCUCUAGUAUAAUUCUUCAAACUAUGAAAUCCCAGAAGAGGAAGUGGUCCCAAAGAGGAGAGUCCUUUCUAGGUUGGAAUUCAUUCAUUUCCAAGUGGCCUGUCCAGCUCCUGGACCGCUUUAAUGCCUAGAGAAAUCCGUUUCCUCUGAGCCAUAGUCGGCCUCCCAAUUGCAUCCCCGAGGCCCCACUGGUCCGUGCCGAGACGUCGAGGCCAGUCACCACCUCCUCCUCCUCCAGCCAGGCGGACCGCCAGUCCACUUCUGUAGGGGCGACACCCAGCCCGCAGGCCACACACCCCGCGUGUGCGCAGCGCCUUUAUUUACUUGCAGAAGAGCCUUCAGCACCCGCUCCUAACAAGUCUGGAAAGCAUUACGGCGACGCGAUGUUGGGGACACUGGUCUGGAUGCUCGUGGUCGGCUUCCUGCUGGCACUGGCGCCGGGCCGCGCGGCGGGAGCGCUGAGGACCGGGAGACGCCCGGCGCGGCCGCGGGACUGCGCGGACCGGCCGGAGGAGCUCCUGGAGCAGCUGUACGGGCGGCUGGCGGCCGGCGUGCUCAGCGCCUUCCACCACACGCUGCAGCUCGGGCCGCGCGAGCAGGCGCGCAAUGCCAGCUGCCCGGCCGGGGGCAGGUCCACCGACCGCCGCUUCCGGCCGCCCACCAACCUGCGCAGCGUGUCGCCCUGGGCGUACAGGAUUUCCUACGACCCCGCUCGCUUUCCAAGGUACCUGCCCGAAGCCUACUGCCUGUGCCGAGGCUGCCUGACCGGGCUCUACGGUGAGGAGGACUUCCGCUUUCGCAGCACACCCGUCUUCUCUCCAGCCGUGGUGCUGCGGCGCACGGCGGCCUGCGCAGGCGGCCGCUCUGUGUACGCCGAACACUACAUCACCAUCCCAGUGGGCUGUACCUGCGUGCCCGAGCCGGACAAGUCCGCGGACAGUGCCAACUCCAGCAUGGACAAGCUGCUGCUGGGGCCUGCUGAUAGGCUGGCAGGGCGCUGAUGCUGGGGACUGCCUGCCAAUGGCCCAGCUUCCUGCGUCCCCUGGCCCUGACAAAACCCACACCCCAUGAUCCCUGGCCGCUGCCCACUUUUCCCAAAAGGACAGCUACAAGAGCUUUAAAUGUAUUUUUCAAAGUAGACAUUACAGACCUACUACUAUUUUGAAUACUAGCACAAACUAUUUUCAUAUUAGUAAUUUAGAGCAAGCAUGUUAUUUUUAAACUUCUUUGAUAUACAAACACACCAUAUACACCCCGUUUUCCUCUAGUAGGAUUCUUGCGCGCAUAAUUGUGGUGCUCAGAUGAUCUUUCAGCUGCACUGUGCCCUGUCUCUGAGUGCCCCCUGUUGCCCAGGCUUGCUACGGUGAUUUGGAUGCUUCAAUCUGUGCACCGAAGGUCCCCCAGGUCCUUGGAGAGGGAGGGAUGUGAGGGUCCAGGAACCAAACUCCCUUUUGUUCUUUAGCAUAUGGAUGGUCUCAACUUUAGGAUGAUUAAAUUUUUUGGUGUUGUUCUUUCA